AAACAUGGCGGCUCCGUUUGAAGCUUCAUAGAGUUGUUCUGUAUGUUUCGAACUUUCAGAAUGAUUCCCAUUGCACAUUAAUCAUAUUAUUUCAUAUUUACACAGUUUCUAUUGUCUUCCUUGAAGUGCUUUACGGGUGGAGGCGGAAAAUGAGCGGCUGGGCUGGUUUUUCUGAUGACGAGCUCCGGAAGAUGCAGCAGAAAGACUCAGCAAUGCCUGCAGCGGCAGCCCGCGGUCGGAAGCCGGCUCCAGCUAACCGGAGUCGGCAGCAGAUACAGCGAGAAAGGGCCCUCCAGCUCGCCGCAGAGAAGACCGCUGGAUCCGUACCUCCUGGACUCCCACCGGAGCAACAACUCACCAAACCGACACUGAAGGAAGAGCCCAAGUCCACUGCACCUCCAGUACCAGCCCCGACCCCGGCUGUUAAACAGGAGGUGCAGCAGAAACCUGAGGAGGUGAAGCAUACUGGAGACCACCAUGGGGAGGAGACCACUGUCAUCAAAGAGCUGGAGACACAGGAGGUGGUACUACGAGAAAAGACACGAUUGGAGCAACUACAGCAAGAGCAAAGAGUGAUCGAAGAGAGGAACAAGCGCAAGAAAGCUCUGCUGGCAAAAACUAUUGCUGAGAAGUCAAAACAGACCCAGGCCGAGGCUGUGAAGCUGAAGAGAAUCCAGAAGGAGCUCCAGGCUCUCGAUGACAUGGUGUCCAAUGAUAUCGGCAUCCUAAGGAGCAGGAUUGAACAAUCCAGCUGGGACUACUCCACUGCAAGGAAGCGUUACGAGAAGGCCGAGGUGGAGUACGUGAUGGCCAAGCUGGAUCUGCACAAGAAGACUGAGGUGAAGGAGCAGCUGACGGAGCACCUCUGUGCCAUCAUCCAGCAGAACGAGCUGCGUAAAGCUCACAAGCUGGAGGAGCUGAUGCAGCAGCUGCAGCUUCAGGCCACGGAGGAGGAGCUGGAGAGGCAGAAAGGGGAGGAGGAGGACGAGAAGAAGAAAAGCUGUGUGGAGACGCAGGGUAAUGGCUCAGUGGAGAAUCAGGAGGGAACAGUGCAAUCAACCAAAGACUGUGGAGUAGCAGAGGAAGAGACUGCGAAGGAGGAGAGGGGAGGUGACGAUCAGUCGACGACUGAACCAAAGAAGACAGAACAACAGUGUAAAACACUAGCAAACUGUGUUCAGACUGAGAUCAUAGCCUCCUGAUGCUCCGAGAACAGACACACAACACAUACAUCCGCUCUGGUGAAAAUAUCUGGACAUCAACAAACAUGUUAGACUGUAGAGAUCAAUCUAAAAUACUAACAUUAACGGUUCAUCUGAAACUGUCAGUUGGGGCGAAUGUCUCUGCAGUGAUGCUGCAACUUUCAGGGCUGAGUACCAGACGAAAAUAAGUCAGUCCAACUGCUGAACCUCAAAGUGUACCACCUUAAACUCCAGAUUUUUUUAUAAUAUGCUCUGAAGGAAACAUAAUCACUGCCUGGAUUAUGUUCAGGGAGGGGUCUGGGUUUGAGUCGUGCUCUCCUAUGUGCUGCCAGGGAAAUUCCAAUAUGUCUACACCUGAAAUAGCUCGAACAUCUCUUCAGCAAGCAGCAGCUAAACGUCCUGUCAUGGCAGCAACAGAACCUUCUCUCUGUGAAAAUGUGCCUGAUGAUCAGUUUGCAUCCUCUACGAGUUCUUUUUUGUUCUCAAAGACGGAGAUAGUUUUUCUUGAAGAGGAAGAUGCGUCUAUUUUUUCAGCUAGAAACAACUGUUACAUCUCUUUCAUCAGUGCUACCAGACACUGACAAAAACAGUCUUUUAACGUGCCAAAAAAAAGAAGCUGCAGGUAUGCAACUGCCUGUAUUAGUUAGGCUAGGUGUUCAAAGCACUGCAUUGAAUCCAAACUAACAAUGUAAAGGUGCAUUUGGAUCAAGAGUUCCGGGGUCUUUUAGCCCCCAGAACUACUUUCCCCGGAACUAAAAGGUUCCUGUGCCCCCAUUGUUGUUGUCUGCGUUUCGACCGCGGGCUGAAGUCCCGGGUGGAUUGUGCAAAUCAGGCCAGUGACGUAUGGAGAAAAAUAAAAUGAAAUUAAAUAAUAUUUUGAAAACUUAAUCAAAAACUAAACUAGUGUGCAUUCCCAGGAUCUCCCUCUGUGUUUCAACAACUGUGUAAACUCCACAAACACCGUUGAGUUCAACCGAAAUACCCAGGACCUUUGAAAAGUUAUACCCCUCAAGCAGGGGCUUUUCAACGGGGAGAUUAUCUACUCCUGAACUAAAUUAAGACCCUGGUUCCUUCGGUCGAAACGCACGUAGUUCAGGGGUGAAGUCCCUAGUUCGGGGGAAAGUUCCUGCAGUGGAAAAACACCUUAAAACACUACAGUCACGCAACAACACUAGCAAACUAAAACAACAACACUGAGCUGUCAGUUGCAGUCGUUACAGCUCGUUUCACUGCUGUUGGCUGAAGCAAAACAAACUGAGUAAUUACUAAACUUUCGCACAAAUUAGCCGUCCGGACGUCAGAGUAUUUCAGUGCAUGCUUAGGAUACAAAGUACAGGAUUUCCUUUUUACUCUGAGGCCCCCUGGAUUUGGUUAAGAUGACCAAAACCACAGACGAGAAUCUUCAAGGAAAACCAAAGUCUUUUGAGUUGCUGAAACAGAAGGAUAAAAUCACUACAGAGUGUUUUGAUUUUUUAAAAAGUAUACUAUAUUCAAAUGUUCCGGGGACAAGGUCGCUCUCUUUCACCAAAUACCAGGAGUCAUCAAGUUUCACAUAUUUCAAAUGAGGACUAAUGUGAUUACAGUUUUUUCCUCUUAUCAGUCCAGAUUUAUCAAUUUAAAAGAACAGUUAGACUAAAUUCUGAAGAAAUAACUUCAGCCUCGAAAUCCGAAAAGUGUUGUUUUGGUUGUGGAUCCUGCAGGAUCGUACAGUAUCGGUACUCAGCCCUCGGUGUGAGUGUACCUGCAGGAUCAGACACAAUCAUACUCAGCUACAGUCAUUCAGAAGAAUUCCUUACAACUAUUAUCCUCAAUCGCUGGUGUUUUACGUGCGCUUCCAAAAAAAGCUCUUCUUCCAAACAUGUGUUUGUGAAUCAUGGAAGCAGAAAUUCAAACACUGACUGUUUUUCAUUGUCUUCUCUCUGUGGCGACAAACAAAAGAUGGGUCCUGUUUACUUCCCGGAACGCAGCGAAGCAUGAAUCCAUCUCUAUCCAGCACAUAAACCCUGCUGUCUCAUGUGUUGUAGAUGAACAUGUUAGCCGGCGCUGGGCUCGUGUUUCACAAAGCUAAUUCUAGUGUUGUCAGUGCAGUGCGGAGCAGCGGGCCUCCUUGACGGUAAGACGAUAUCUGCUGAUGUAUGUACAGAUGCUUUCAGCUGCAUGUGUCUCUGCAGACUCUCUGCACAUGAAGCAAUGUGUUGAAAAUAAUAUAUAACAAUAAUCUAAUGCUACACUUUGUCUGUGGGCCUGACCAAAGUCUGUGUUCUCUGUUCAAUGAUUGUGAAGCAAAAGUCUGAUGCUUAUAUAAAGUUAUUUAAAAGGGGAUUGUAUUUAAAAAGGUGAUAUUUAGAUUUACAGUAUGAUAUUUUACUAAAAUAAACUGCAAAAGAGUGUA